AUGGAUAUCUAUAGGGGCGCAAAUGCGGUCUUGACUGCGCCCGUGUUGCCGCCCCUCCCAAGACUUGUCGCUACGCCAACUGCCUACUCUGGUAGCUGCCUCGCCCUUAGUCCCCAGCUCAUCGCAUACCUCCAAACCCUCCUCGCCCCGCCGCCAUGUAUCACACUCUCGAUAGGAAGCGGCUUUGGCCUCCUUGAAGCAUAUCUCAUGACUGGCCCUGAUACCUUUCAUAUCAUCGGUGUGGAGGUUGCGCCGGGCCCUAACAAAUACCUUCCCUCCUCCCACUACCGCCUGGUCAAUGGUACCCGCUUCCUCGAACCCUUGGCGGAACAAGCCCAGAUCUGGCUGUUUGUGUAUCCAAGACGCGUUGGCCUGAUUCAGGAAUAUCUGGCCGUGUACGGCCAGGGGGCUGUGGAGAGGAUAAUAUGGGCAGGACCCAAGGCCGAUUGGGACGACUACAGGCCAUGCUUUGCCAACUGGACUGUACAAGAGCAAGAGGCAGAUAUGGUCGGUGGGCGUGCGUGGGAGCUGAUUGUUGUUGCAGAUAAAAAGUCGGCCUGA